AUGUCGAAUGAAUCUCAGAAUGCCACGCCAUUGACCAGCCCUGUUCGCAUUAAUGCAAAGAUACAUUCUGGUGCCUCGGGGUUAGCGGGAAGGAAGCGCAACGGUGCUGGCGCUGGACUCGAUAGCUCGCCGGGUAGUGUCGACGAGAUUGACGAUGGUGAUCAGCAUGAGGAGAGGAAGCGGCAGCCUGUUAAGAGGGCGUGCAAUGAGUGUCGUCAACAAAAGCUCCGCUGCGAUGUGAUCCAAGAACCCUUCAUGGACUGCUCCCGUUGCCGUCGGCUCAAACUCGAAUGCAAAAUCGAAUCCAACUUCAAGCGAGUCGGAAAACGGAGUCGCAAUGCUGAGAUGGAAAGGGAAAUAAUCGAGUUGAGGAGACAAAUUGCAAAUGCCAACGCGACAAAUGCUUCGUUCAAGUCACAGGUGACUCCAGUCAAGCAAGAUGCUUCUGCCAUCUCGACACCGUUAAGCGGAGCGAUGUAUCAGACUCCAACUCCGCUAUCGACGGAUCAGUACAUGGGCUCACACGAAGCGGUUGCUUCUUUGUUAGACUUGAGGUCUGGGUUUGAUGGGCAAAACUACAUGCGAUCUGGCAGCCAUCAGUUCAAGAGGAUCGAGGACGUUAUGGUGGCAACAGACCGGAUUAAUGAAUUAUUCAACCUAUUCUUCACCUUCUAUCAUCCCUAUCUUCCGUUCCUCGAUCGCGAGGUCACACCCGAAGAGUACUAUACAACUUCGCCACUUCUCUUCUGGAUGAUCAUCAGCGUAGGCGCACGCCGAUACCAGACCGAUGCUCAGCUCUUGAACUCGUUGGCCGGUCCGGUGACACGUCUUGUUUGGAGCACAAUUGCCGACAUUCCUCAGAGCUUCCACGCCGUCAAAGCGCUGUGCUUGCUUUGCACAUGGCCGUUCCCGACAAGUAGUACGUCGACUGAUCCGACAUUCAUGCUGUCCGGCCUGAUGGUUCACGUUGCGAUGCAGUUGGGCCUCCACCGACCUUCCCAUACACAGGACUUUUCCAAAUUUCGAGUUGAGCUUAUUGAGUCAGAACUUCGAGACAAAGUCCGAACGUGGGCUAUUUGUAAUGUAGUAGCACAAAGGGUUGCUACCGGCUACGGACAACCUCCUUCAACGCUAUACGACUGGACGUUAGGUGCUAGCGAACUUAUCGAUGUCAACUUUCAGCUACCUCGAGAGAUCAAAUCUCGGUUGCAGAUAGAAAUGUUUGUUGACAAAGUUACAAAGGCCUUGUAUAACAACCGGAGGAACCCCGUAGGCUUGGCUGAGGAUGGUGAAAGAUCGUCCCUUAUGUCAUUCUUGACUCGUGAUUAUGAGGAAUUGGAGGAUCAAUUGAAGCCUGAGAACGAUGUCAUCACGGAUCUUUAUUUGAGAGCAGCCAAUCUCCAUCUGCAGUUGUGUUCUUUCUUUGACGACCCUUCGUCGCAAGGAUAUCGAGAGCGACUCCUUAGAUUGCAUUCAGCGACUUGCAAUUUCUUGGAAUCGGCAUUGAACCUAGAAACAAACGUUGGCCCCGUGCUUGCCUACACACCGUAUUACAUUUACCAGAUGAUGCUCGCGGCGGGAUUUACUCUGAUGAAGCUCUGCAAGAGUUUCUUCUCAGCCCAUAUAGACCUGGAGUAUACGAAGAGGCUAUUUAAUCGAACCAUCUGGUCCAUCCGGGCAAUAUCGGUUUCUAACAACGACUUACCUCAGCGACUGACCGAAGUCAUGACCCAAAUGUGGAAACAAGGGGGCGCUCCCACACCACGACCGGCUUCUGCAUCGUCAGAAAUUGACGAUCAACUACAACUCAAGGUGCGAUGUCGGAUGAGUAUGUCGCUGGUUUAUGAUUCUGUCUGGCGUUGGCGAGAGGACGCUUUGGCCAAGGGCCGGAAUAUCGAAGCCUCUCUCAAAAACCCUACCGACCCCGAUUCAAAUGGCGACACAACAGGCUCGGCCCUCGGCCCUCGCGCCUCAUCAACUACACCAGGAGUAACCGGUGAUCCCAGCCUAGCACCUGCGCCACCACUGCCACACGGUCUGUCAUUAUCCUCAUCUUCAACUGGGGUCAACAACCUGCCUAGUUCUGCAGUGAGUGGGUUCGUGGAACCUAAUUACGAGGUCUUUGAUCCUCUGAACUGGCUUCUAGAUGGACUGGUUGAUUUUCCGUAUACAAUGCCGAUGCAAGGUAUGGAAUCGCAGGGGAUGGUUUGA